AUGCUGUUGAAUAAUAAUGUGACUGAGUUCAUUCUGCUUGGAUUGACACAGGAUCCUGUUAAAAAGAAAAUAGUGUUUGUGGUCUUCUUGAUUUUCUACUUAGGGACGCUGGUGGGUAACUUGCUGAUUAUUGUCACCAUCAAGACCAGCCGAGCCCUCGAGAGUCCACUGUACUUCUUCCUUUUCUAUUUGUCCUUAUCUGACACCUGCUUCUCUACGUCCAUAGCCCCGAGAAUGAUUGUGGAUGCUCUUUUGAAGAAAAACAUUAUCUCUUUCAGUGAGUGCAUCAUCCAAGUCUUUUCCCUCCAUUUCUUUGGCUGUCUGGAAAUCUUCAUCCUGAUCCUUAUGGCUGUUGACCGCUAUGUGGCCAUCUGUAAACCCCUGCACUACAUGACCAUCAUGAACAAGAGGGUCUGCAGUGUGUUGGUGGCUGUAGCCUGGGUGGGGUCUUGUGUGCAUUCAUUGGUUCAGAUUUUUCUGGCCUUGAGUUUACCUUUCUGUGGUCCCAAUGUGAUUGAUCACUAUUUAUGUGACUUGCAACCCUUGUUGCAGCUUGCCUGUUCAGAUACCUAUGUGGUCAACUUACUAUUGGUCUCCAACAGUGGAGCCAUAUGUACAGUGAGUUUCGCUAUCCUGAUGCUGUCUUAUCUCAUCAUCUUGUAUUCAUUGAGAAAUCAUAGUGCUGAAGGGAGGAAAAAAGCACUUUCUACUUGUAUCUCCCAUAUCAUGGUCGUUAUCUUGUUCUUUGGUCCUUGUAUAUUUAUAUACACACGCCCUGCCACCACUUUCCCCAUGGAUAAGAUGAUCGCUGUGUUUUAUACAAUUGGAACACCUUUGUUGAAUCCUCUGAUUUACACGUUGAGAAAUGCAGAGGUGAAAAAUGCCAUGAGGAAGUUAUGGAGUAAGAAACUCAUCUCUGAAGAACAGAGAUGA